UAGGUCUCACUUUUUUUGGGCCAUAUUCUACAGUACUAAUUUAAACGCAAUGCGGGACACGGAUGCGGGUUUUUACAGUGGUAACAUAAUAACACUGUAUACACAAAAUAUUAAGAAUGUCUAAUGUCAACUUGAACGAAAGUACGUCUUCAAGCUCUGAGCCUCUCUCUCACUCUGAGAAAUCAACUUUUUCAUCUUCAUAUUCUAUAGCCUCAACUCUACCUGUAACAUCAUCUGAAGAAUGCACAAGUCAGGAAGAAACAUCUGCCUGGGGAAUUUUAUUUCCUUUUAAACCAUGUUAUACAACAUUUGAAUUAACAGGUGAUAAAAAAAUUUCCUUUGGUCGUCACCCAAAGUGUUCAUAUAUUUUUAUCGAUGGUGUUGUAACAGAUUAUUUUUUACACAUCUCUAAAAAACAUUUUAAUAUAUACAAAGAAUAUGAUAGUCGUUCAGAAAUUGGAUAUAUAGUUUAUUUGGAAGACCAUAGCUUUUGUGGAACGUAUAUUAAUAAGGAUUUAGUUGGGAAAGAAAAAAAAAGAGUUUUGUCUUCUGGAGACAUCAUAUCUUUAGCAAUACCAAAUAAUAGAAUAUUUUUUUACUAUGACAUCGCGUUAGAAAAAGAAAAUUUACCCAAAGCUUUUUCAAUAAAAUACAUUAUUAAUUCAUUUGUCAUACUUGGAGAGGGAGGUUAUGGGGUUGUAAAACAGGCCACAAAUAAAAAAACACAAGAAAUUGUAGCAGUUAAAAUUUUAAAGUCUUGUGGAUCUAAUAAAGACUUGGCCUAUGAGGGGACUAUUAUAAAUAGUAUAAAACACCCUGGCAUUGUUGAAGUGAAAGACAUUUAUGAAAAUGACAAAAUUGUCAUCAUUGUCAUGGAGUAUGUUGCUGGUGGUGACCUUUUGGCUUAUAUAUUAGAUCAAGGUCCAAUACCACAGUUAAAAUGCAAGUCUCUUUUUUUAAAACUAUUAGAAGCAUUACAACAUUUACAUGACAAUAAUAUUGUUCACAGAGACAUUAAACCUGAAAACAUCUUGUUGACAUCAAAAGAUUUAAAUAACUGUAUUUUAAAGAUAACUGACUUUGGCCUUAGUCGUUUUGUUUCAGAUCAAUCUUACAUGCACACUGCUGUUGGCACGAUAAAUUACUGUGCUCCAGAAUUAAUUAAUAAUAUUUAUUCAGGUUACACCUCUGCUGUGGAUAUUUGGUCAAUAGGUUGUGUUUUAUAUAUAAUGCUUUGUGCAAAACCACCUUUUCAAAAAAAUGCCAAUCAAACAAUUGAUUAUCAAAUUAUGAAAGGUAUAUAUGACCUUUCUGAUGGCAUUUGGAAAAACAUUAGUGAUGAUGGGAAAGAUUUAGUUAAAAGAAUGUUAACAGUUAACAGUAAAAACAGAAUUUCUUUAAAAGAUUCAAUAUGUCACCCUUGGUUUCAAAAAAAUAAUAAACCUCCAUUGAAAAAAGUUAAAUUCACUAACUAACGGUUUUUUACAAAUAAACUUUUAAUUUUUUAUUGAACUUAUGAUAUCAAAUUAUGGAUUUAUUAAAUCUACUCAAAGGUGACGUGACGUGACGUGACGUGACGUGACGAUGCAAUAAUAGGAGUUUGAUUUAUAAUCCUUUAAUGAUGUAGUUUUUCUAUUUAUAUAUUGAAAAAAUUUCAGCUUUUUUUUA